AUGACCCGACAGAUGCACGUCUCACUGUUUCUCCUGCUGCUGUUGUUUCUAUUUGUACAGCUGUGCAGCACGAGUGGAAUCCUCGCUGAGUCGUUGACUGGAGUUGUGCUGCAGGUUCCCCGCAAUGGAGAUGACGCAUCGCAGGCGUACACCGUCGCCACAGAGAACCGAAAGUUUAUCCGCAUUCAUGCCUCCUACGAGGACUUGACCAAGGGCAAGUACUGCAGUAAAGUGGGAGAGAUGAUCCAAAACUUCCAGGGCGAAGAUGUCAAGUGUGAAGAUGGUAAUACUUUUACCGACGAGAUGAUCUCCAAAUAUAUCAACACCAUUAUUCCUGCUGCUAUUAAACUACACGCGGAUCGUCUGCUCGUUGACCCCGUUAGUAGUCCAUUGGUUGUUCCUGCGUUUAAAGAGGACAGUGUUUGUAAGAACUUUACUGUUCCUGAGAGUCAUCAUAAAGAAGGUGUUAGGGAUGCUGACAUGGUCCUCUAUGUGGCUGCCAGAAAUUUGAAGGAGUUUGGUGUUAUUUGCGCCAAAAAUGAUGAUGGCCGACCAAUUGCUGGGGCGAUAAAUUUUUGUCUAUACACGAGGAGGUCGCAACAGUUUUUUGUUCGUAGUGCCGCACACGAGAUUGCCCACGCACUUGGAUUUGACUAUGAUGUGUUUGUGAACAAUAAUAUGGUGGCUGAGAGCGCAUUUGCCGAUGGAAAAAAAAAGCGCAUGCUGGUGGUGUCAAAACAAACGAAGGAGAAGGUACAGAAACACUAUGGAUGCGAUACAGCUCAGGGCAUGGAAUUGGAGUAUGAAAAAUGGGAAAAAGGAAAGGUUUCAUCACACUGGAACUAUCGUGUUGCAAAGGAUGACCUGAUGAGUUCUUCGAUUGCUGAGAGCGCCAUGUACUACAGCGCCUUGACGAUGGCUGUGUUUGAUGAUCUACCAUAUUAUUCUGCUAAUUGGGGCAUGGAGGAGUCGAUGAUCUGGGGCAACAAUUCCGGUUGUGAUUUGCUUGAGAAUAAUUUCAACGAUACAUUCGUUGAUGAAUAUCCCAACAUGUUUUGCAAGUUGCUUGGGGGUCCGUACUUUUGCACAAAUAAUCAACUUGGAUUUGGGAACUGUGAUUAUCAAUUUCACUACUAUGACUCUGAUGGUGAAGUAAAUUUUGCCCCUAUAUUGAGCAUUCAUAUGUAUACCUUACACAAUUUUCGCAUAUCUACGAUGUGUAACGACCAACCACGGGUCAAGGUGACUCCGUCGAUUUUUGCUAACGACUCAGUGUGUUUGAAUACACAACACUACAAGGGAACUAUUGAAUCAAAUUUAGGAAAUAUGUAUGGUAUAUGUGCACGUGUUUCGUGUGAUGAGGGUAAAGUGAGGGUGAUAUACGACGAAAGUGAGGAUUGGCAAGAGUGUCCGGAAAACACUUCAAUGGAUGUGCAACCCUCAGGAUUCAGUACCACCAUCAGCGUACAGUGUCCCAAGUACAGUGGGGUGUGCAUCAUCGCCCCUAACGGCAGCAGUCGCCGCCCGAUGGUGUACCCGCCAGGGUAUGAAGAAACUACCACGGCUCCGAACACUGGAGAAGAAAAAUUCAGUGAAAAACCAAAUGAGACAGUUGAUGCAGAAAGUGAGAGUACCAACAGUAAUUCUGGCAGCAGGCCCUCGCAGGGUGGUCAGGGUGCGGACAACACCACUAGCGCCGAGAAGGCUCUAAGUGAAGACGUUGGUGCCUCUUCUUCCUCUUCCUCUUCCUCUUCCUCGUCGUCAUCUUCGUCGUCACGAUCUCGCCGUAACAGUGAGACAGAUGCUGACGUUCCGCCGACGACUGAGGGAAAUACAAACAAGGAUAAUCAUACAUCUCUGCAAGUGCCAGGGGAGCUUUCGAUUCAUGUGGGUAUGGAUGGCACUCCUGCUGCAGCCUGUGUUCUCCACGCUCUAUUUCUGCUGAUGGCUGCUGCUGCUGCUUUGGCUGUGCCUCUGUGA